CCAAGCUCCUCACCCAUCAAUAACCCACGUACAAAGUCACAUCAUCAUCAUCAUCAUCAUCUCCGACACGAACUCACCCCGCCAGUCAAACAAAUAAAAUAAAAGACACCAUGAAGGAAGGCGGCACGCACCUCUACGCCACGCCCGCGCUGGGCGACGCCGUCACCGACUACGCCCGCGCGCACUCGUCGGCCCUGCCCCGGCACAUUGUCGACUACCACGCCGACGCGUCCACCAAGCGCGACGACUCGGACAUGCUGAGCUCCAACUUUCAGUCGCAGCUGCAGCUGCUGCUGGCCAACUCGAUUGGCGCCAAGCGAGUCCUCGAGAUUGGCGUCUACGUUGGCUACUCGGCCAUGGUCUGGUCCCAGGCCGUCGGCCCGGACGGCUUCGUCACCGGCCUCGAGUUCGACCCGGAGCUCGCCAAGAUUGCUACCGACGCCCUCGCCGCCCGGGACAUCAAUAACGUCAACAUUAUAGUUGGCAACGCCGCGGAGACCCUGCCCAAGCUUCCCCUCCCCCAGCAGGGCCCCUACGACCUCGUCUUCCUCGACGCCGACAAGACGGGCUACUCAAACUACCUGUCGGUGCUGCUCGCGCGCUCCGCCCCGUCCGCCGCGCCCGCCGAGCGCCUGCUCCGCCCCGGGGCGCUCAUCAUCGCCGACAACGUCCUCCGCCGGGGCUACGUCGCCGCCGCCGACUCGAGCCUCGCCGACGGCGCGUUUGGCCGCGUGGGCUGGUCCCACGACAGGGCCGGCUGGGACGAGCACAUUGCCGCCGUGCGCAGGUUCAACGACGAGUGCGUCGCCGAGCCGCGCCUCGAGACGGUCCUGCUGCCGCUGUGGGACGGCGUGACCAUAAUGCGCCUGCGCGACUGAGGGCUGUUGGGGGCCUCCUCCCUCCUGGUGUCCUGGGUUUUUUUGCGAAGAUGUGGCUGUGUGCACGGUCUUGAGAGCUUUCUUUUCUUCAAGCAAGUAACCGAGAUGCAUGAGGUCAUGGCAGGUCGACGUGAGCUGGCUAUAUAUAUACAGUACACGAGACAAGUGCUAUUCGAAUAGACGCCUCCUUGCUGAUUGUACAAAUG